AUGUCAUACUUUUACCCUACGGCCGGGUAUGCGGAAGACCAACCUUUGGCACGAACGAUUCUCGCCACCCAUGUUCUUAGCCGUGGGUUCCAACUUGGCAUUGCGAUCGGCUUGCUAAACAGCGGUGCUACAUUCCUUUUGAAGCGCCGAUCUCUUAAUACGCCUAUUCUUCUCCGCUCAGCGGGUACUGGGGGUCUCAUCGGGACCGGCAUGGCGGGAGUUGGCCUCAUCGCUCGGAUGUGGGGCCGAGAGGAGAUCGAAUGGAAAGAUCGCAGUUGGCGCUUACGGUAUAACUCCGGCCAGGUGGCUAUUGAUAACUGGAGUGAGCCGACUGCGGCUAUUGGGGUGCUUGCCGUGGCUUCACGGGGGUUGUCGGGAUCAGGAGCAGGGAAUUGGCGUGGGCUUGUUGGCGGUGCUGGGAUUGGAUCAUUGGUUGGCCUAAUGUCCGUUGGCAAACUCACCACCUGCCUCUGGUUCGACGGCCGGGCCGAAGAAGCCGCCGCGUUCUAUACAUCUAUAUUUAAGGACUCCAAAAUCACUGGGCGUCACUAUUACACCGAAGCGGGCAAGGAGUUCCAUGGCCGUGAGCCGGGCAGCCUCAUGACCAUCGAGUUUGAGCUCAACGAUCAGAAGUUCGUCGGCCUUAAUGGUGGGCCCAACUUCAAGUUCACCGCGGCAAUCUCCAUCAUGGUCAAUUGCAAGGAUCAAAGCGAGAUCGACUACUACUGGAAUAAGCUCGGCGAGGGUGGAGAUGAGAGCAAGAGGCAGUGCGGGUGGCUCGUGGACAAGUUCGGCCUGUCGUGGCAGAUCGUCCCUAACGAGCUCUACAGGAUGCUAGACAGUCCAGAGAUAGAGAAGCGGGACCGGAAUUCGGGUCCUCAUUUUACAAAGUAA